CGGCAUCUCCCCUCCCAGAGAGAGGGAGAAAAGGAGGAGGAGCUGCAGCCUCACAGACUCACUGAGUCGCUCCUGCAGAAAGGGGGGAGAGAGACCGAAAAGCAGGGGAGGGGGACGGCACUGCCGUUUACCUGUCUGCCUCCUCAUUCGCUCUCCCCCCUCGUUCGGCUCACUCCUGGUGUCAGCCUAUCCGCCUUCCCAAACCCUCCCAUUCCCCCGGUGUAGCCCCCCCUUCACUUUCCUUCUCGUCCUCUGUGUUUCUCCUCUCUUUCUUCCCUUCCCCCUCUAGCAUUGCCACCUUCUCUCCUACACGCACGCAGGCAUAUAAACGUAGAUUUUUGAUGCUCCUCUGCCUGUUGACCCCGCUAUUUUCAUGUUUCCAACAGGUUUUUCUUCCCCCAAUCCCUCAGCUGCUGCUGCUGCUCAGGAGGUCAGAUCUGCCACUGAUGGUAAUACCAGCACCACUCCGCCCACCUCUGCCAAGAAGAGAAAGUUAAACAGCAGCAGCAGUAGCAGCAGUAACAGUAGUAACGAGAGAGAAGACUUUGAUUCCACCUCUUCCUCUUCUUCCACUCCUCCUUUACAACCCAGGGAUUCGGCAUCCCCUUCAACCUCGUCCUUCUGCCUGGGGGUUUCAGUGGCUACUUCCAGCCACGUACCGAUACAGAAGAAGCUGCGUUUUGAAGACACCCUGGAGUUUGUAGGGUUUGAUGCGAAGAUGGCUGAGGAAUCCUCCUCCUCUUCCUCCUCAUCUUCACCAACUGCUGCAACAUCUCAGCAGCAGCAACUUAAAAAUAAGAGUAUAUUAAUCUCUUCUGUGGCUUCGGGGCAUCACGCAAACGGCCUAGCCAAAUCUUCUACCACCACUUCUAGCUUUGCUAACAGCAAGCCUGGCUCUGCUAAGAAGUUAGUGAUCAAGAACUUUAAAGAUAAGCCUAAAUUACCAGAGAACUACACAGAUGAAACAUGGCAGAAGCUGAAAGAAGCGGUGGAAGCUAUCCAGAAUAGUACUUCGAUUAAGUACAAUUUAGAAGAACUCUAUCAGGCUGUAGAAAAUCUCUGUUCCUACAAGAUUUCUGCAAACUUGUACAAACAGCUGAGACAGAUUUGUGAAGAUCACAUCAAAGCACAAAUUCAUCAGUUCAGAGAGGAUUCAUUGGAUAGUGUUCUUUUUCUAAAGAAAAUUGAUAGAUGCUGGCAAAAUCAUUGCAGACAAAUGAUCAUGAUCAGGAGCAUUUUUCUGUUUCUGGAUAGAACUUACGUUCUACAGAAUUCAAUGCUACCCUCCAUUUGGGAUAUGGGACUGGAGUUAUUUAGGGCUCAUAUUAUAAGUGAUCAGAAAGUCCAGAAUAAGACAAUUGAUGGCAUUCUUCUCUUGAUUGAGAGGGAAAGGAAUGGUGAAGCAAUCGAUAGAAGUUUACUCCGAAGCCUUUUAAGCAUGCUCUCUGAUUUGCAAAUUUAUCAGGAUUCUUUUGAGCAACGAUUUUUGGAAGAAACUAACCGGCUCUAUGCAGCUGAAGGCCAAAAAUUAAUGCAGGAAAGAGAGGUUCCUGAAUAUCUUCAUCAUGUUAACAAACGUCUAGAAGAAGAAGCAGACAGACUUAUUACUUACUUAGAUCAGACCACCCAGAAGUCAUUAAUUGCUACUGUAGAAAAACAACUUCUAGGUGAACACUUAACAGCAAUUCUUCAGAAAGGUUUAAAUAACCUCCUUGAUGAAAACCGAAUUCAAGAUUUGUCUCUCCUGUAUCAGCUCUUCAGUAGAGUUCGAGGUGGAGUUCAGGUUCUCUUGCAGCAGUGGAUUGAAUACAUUAAGGCAUUUGGCAGCACUAUUGUAAUUAAUCCUGAAAAAGAUAAAACCAUGGUUCAAGAAUUGCUGGAUUUUAAAGAUAAGGUUGACCAUAUAAUUGAUAUUUGCUUUCUGAAAAAUGAAAAAUUUAUCAAUGCCAUGAAAGAAGCAUUCGAAACAUUCAUUAACAAAAGACCAAACAAACCUGCUGAACUUAUAGCUAAGUAUGUAGAUUCAAAGCUUCGUGCAGGCAACAAAGAAGCUACAGAUGAAGAACUUGAAAAAAUGUUGGAUAAAAUUAUGAUCAUAUUUAGAUUUAUCUAUGGUAAGGAUGUUUUUGAGGCCUUCUAUAAGAAAGAUUUAGCCAAGCGCCUGUUAGUUGGGAAGAGUGCAUCUGUAGAUGCUGAAAAAUCAAUGCUGUCCAAACUUAAACAUGAAUGUGGAGCUGCUUUCACCAGCAAACUUGAAGGAAUGUUUAAAGACAUGGAACUUUCUAAAGACAUCAUGAUUCAGUUCAAACAGGUAAAAUAUAUGCAGAACCAGAAUGUACCUGGGAAUAUUGAAUUAACUGUGAAUAUCCUGACAAUGGGUUAUUGGCCAACAUAUGUGCCUAUGGAAGUCCAUUUACCACCAGAGAUGGUAAAACUUCAGGAGAUUUUCAAGACCUUUUACUUAGGCAAACAUAGUGGCAGGAAACUUCAGUGGCAGUCAACCCUAGGCCACUGUGUGCUAAAGGCAGAAUUUAAAGAGGGUAAAAAAGAACUCCAGGUCUCUCUUUUCCAAACCCUGGUGCUGCUAAUGUUUAAUGAGGGAGAGGAGUUCAGUUUAGAAGAGAUCAAGCAGGCUACUGGAAUAGAGGAUGGAGAAUUAAGGAGAACACUGCAGUCAUUGGCCUGUGGCAAAGCUAGAGUUCUGGCAAAAAAUCCAAAGGGCAAAGAUAUUGAAGAUGGUGACAAGUUCAUUUGUAAUGAUGAUUUCAAACACAAACUUUUCAGGAUAAAGAUCAAUCAAAUCCAGAUGAAAGAAACGGUUGAGGAACAAGCAAGCACUACAGAAAGAGUAUUUCAAGACAGACAGUAUCAAAUUGAUGCUGCAAUUGUUCGAAUUAUGAAGAUGAGAAAGACGCUUAGCCACAAUCUUCUUGUUUCAGAAGUGUACAACCAGCUGAAAUUUCCAGUAAAGCCUGCUGAUCUUAAGAAGAGAAUAGAAUCCUUAAUUGAUCGGGAUUACAUGGAAAGAGAUAAAGAAAAUCCAAACCAAUACAAUUAUAUCGCAUAAAACCUUGGCCUCCGAGUAUUUGGUAUCAUAUGCAGUAGCCAGUGGAUAAACUAACCUGUUGAUCCUAUAUUAUUUGACUUCUUUUAUACUACCAAUGACCAAAUGAAGCAGUGUAAUGGAAAUAGUUGAGUUGACUUUUUCAGUGGUUAACAUGCCCAUUUAAAGAGUUAAUACUUAACCUUUAAGAAGAAUGUUGUUGAACUCUUUGCAUGUUAUUUAGUAUGAUGUGCAGAAAAUUCUUAAGAAAGUACCUGGUCUUCAUGAUUCCUCUUUGGAACUGGGCAAGAGGUCCUAUGGCUAUUAAAAAAGGAGGGGGGGGGUUCUUAUACACCAUUAAUUAUGAAGCAAAGGGUUUAUUUGCUUAAAAUGUCAUUUAAAGAUACUUAAACUGCAUGCAAACUUUAUUUACUGUACAGAGUUCUGGAUGUAUUUAUCAAAUAGAAAAACCACCCUGGACUUGGUUGUUCACCUGUUUUGUGAUUUCCCUUGAAAAGAAAAAUAAGUUGUCAUAGCUAUUGAUAUUUUACUAAGUAAUGUUCUGUUACACUGAAAGGGAUGUUUUAAAAAAACUUAUUUGGAAACAAGUUUUCAAGUAGAGGGACAGUUGCUUACAUAAUCUCUUGUAUACACAUCCUAGAUGUUCUAUUUAUGACCAUGGGAUGUGUGUAUAUGGCUUAGCCCUGAGUUUACUGUUCUGAUUAACAGGUACUUAUAAUAAUAGCUGAAAAAGAAAAUUGCUGAUCAGCUGUACUGGAAGAACAUGGUGGGAGAGAAAAAUCCAACUCUUCAUAUUAAAAAUGAAUACAAUAUGAACAUUGCAAAAGAGACCAAAACCCCCGUGUUUUGUAAAUUUUUACAAGAGCAAAAAUUCAUCAACUAGUUUUCAACUUCCUUUAGUAAGACUUUAAUGUUGUUUGGACAGUUUUGUCUUCAACUUGGACCAAUUAUUAGAUUGUUACAGGCUUCCUAGGAUUUAGCAUUCCUAUUUUCUCUACCAAAGUUUUUUUGGGAAGCGCCCCAACUUUCCAUUUUGCUAAAUAAACCUUUCAUCCUCCUAACUUCCUAAAGACCUAGAUAUAAAGAUCUUCCUUUAUUUUCCCCAAUACCCCCUAGUUGGGAAUUUCAAAAUCUGUAUCAUGCUGAUCUUAAUUCCUUUCCAAAAUUUCUUGAAGAGUUCUCAUAGCCACUGGACAUCUUCUUUUCAGGGAAUGUCCUAGGAUUGUUCAUACAUAGAAAAUAGCAAAAGUAUUGUUACUCAAAUUGAUAAUGUGAGUAAAAAGGCUUCUCUUUAGCAUCAGUGGGGGUUGGUUGGUUGGUUGUUUGGUUUGUUUGUUUUUGUGGGUUUGGUGGUUGGGUUGUUUUGUUUGGUUUUGUUGUUUUUUUUUGUUUUUUGCUUCCUUGUUUUUCCUUGAAGGGAAUCGAUCUUGGAGGAGAAGCAGAAAAUUUUGUUUGGAUUUUUUAAACAGAAUUGCUUUGAUGCUUUGGCAAUAGUGUAUUUUCUUGACUAUUUGGAGCCAUUAGGAAGAAUACCUAGGGUCCUAACCAUGAACUGAGGAGACUUUUGGCUCUUGUAUCUACUAUUGAUUAUUUUCUUGAAUUCUCAAGACCUGUGACCAGCUACUAUAAAAAAGUUGCCUGUUUCUAAUUGCAUCAACUUGCACACUGUUAACAAUAUGUGGUAUUUAGAAUGCCUUCCUAAUUCUUUUUGAGCAGCCAUUGCCUAUAUUUUCUCAGCUUCUCCCUGGUUUCCUUGCAUGAGCUCAUCUGACAAGGAAAUGCAGCUAUUCUAUUUGUCCUCUCUCCACACUGGACCAAUUAUGUCGUGUCCUAACUCAUCCCUGAUGGUCUCUGAGAUAUAUAGACUAUUCCACAAGACUCAAUAGUUACUCUUAAGGAAUUUUUAGGUAGAAUUGGUCCCUGUUAGGAGGAGACUCUUGGUGUCACUUUUGUUAUCUUGAAAGCUGGUCCCUUCCUUGAGGCUCUUAAUUUUUUGAAAACUUGAUGCUGUUUCAACUGAAAAAUUGGCAAGAAUAUUAAAAAACAAGUUGAGGGGAGCUGUUUAAGACAUUGAAAAGUAAUUGCAAACAACAUUGGGUAAUUGUGACUUUCAGUUGUUCUGUAUCAGUUAAAUUUUUGUGCUCUUUUCCCUGUGUACGUGGUGGUUCUAUUUUUCUCCAAUAAAACUUUUAUUUAAAAAAA